AUGGCAAACUCCAUCCAUGGAAGAAAACGGUUCUCUUCUGCCUCUGACAUAUGUGGUCUAAGCAGAUGUAGACGGAGUGCAUCUUCUAUAUCCCAGCCUGGUGGAAGAAGUGGAAUUGGUGGCUAUAGCACCGGGAGUCUCUCAACCACAGGUGGAAUCAGAAGAAUUUCUUGCGUUGGAGGCUACCAGAUUGGGGGCUAUGGAGGUCUUGGUUUUGGACAUCACAUUACCUAUGGCGGUCAGAGCUAUUGUGGCAUUCCAAGAAGCUACGUUGAGCUCAGAAAUUAUGCUGGCAGUGGUCAAAAUGACCCUUUCCAUGAAGUCAGCAUCAACGAACACCUCCUAAAACCACUCUGUGUAGGAGUUGACCCUGAGAUCCAGAAAAUACGCACUAAAGAGAAGGAACAGAUGAAAUCUCUCAACAACCAGUUUGCUUGCUUCAUUGAUCAGGUCCGAUGUCUAGAGCAGAGGAACAAGGUGUUGGUAACCAAAUGGAAUGUCCUGCAAGAGCAGAUGCCAACUGCUAGGACAGAUCUCAAUUCCCUCUUUGCAAGAUGCAUCUGUGGCCUACGCAAGCAGCUGGACUUCUUGCAGAAUGAAAAGGAGCAAAUGGAACCGCAGCUGCAGGACAUACAGCAGAGCAUAGAGGAGCUUAAAUGCAGGUAUGAGGAGGAAAUCAACAGACGCACGGCUGUAGAGAAUGAUUUUGUUCUGCUUAAGAAGGAUGUAGAUAGUGCUUUCUUGAACAAGGUGGAGCUGGAAGCCAAGGUGGAAACAAUGAAGAGGGAGGCUCAAUUCCUGAGGUGUGUGCAUAAGGAGGAAUUAGCACAACUGGAUGGCCAUGUCUGUGACACUAAUAUCCUUUUGCAAAUGGACAACAGUCGAGGCUUGGAUGUUGACAGCAUCAUCAAAAAUGUUGAGGCCUGGUAUCAGAGCAUCGCCCAGAGGAGCAAAGAAGAAGUCAAUGCUUUGUAUGAAAACAGGUUCCAAGAGCUCCAGGAGCAAAGAGGGAAAUACUCAGACAAUCUGAAGAUAAACCAGCACGAGAUUGCCGAUCUGACCAGGCUGGUCAAUAAGUUGCAGUCUGAGAAUGAUGCUAUUAAAAAGCAGGUUGAUGUUUUGCAAUCAGCCAUUUGUGAUGUUGAGCACCGUGGAGAUGGUGCUCUUAAAGAUGCUCGAGAUAAGCAUAUUGAGCUGCAGACAGCCCUGCAGAAGGCCAAGGACAACCUAGCUGGCUUGCUGAGGGACUACCAUGAACUUCUGAACACCAAGUUGGCUCUGGAUAUUGAGAUUGCUACAUAUAAGACACUCCUGGAAGGGGAGGAGUGCAGGUAG